AUGUGUCGCUGCUUUGGUGCCCAGCUGUGGGGAGGCGUGCUGGGCAGGAGCAGCCGGACCGCCAGUGAUCCCGAUGGGACCAGGAUUGAUUGGACACUUAAGACUCACCUGCAGAGCUGCACUCACAACAAAGGUCACACCCUGGAUCGGCAGAGUGGGGCUUCAGGGGCCUGUACCUGGGGGUGGGAGGUGGGUGGCCCUUGGGUGCUGCAGCAGGUGUGA